UCACUCCAGCUUAGACAUACGCGUGUGAGCUUCACACUUUGGAAAAAGUCUGUUUUCAAGACAGAAAUUGUAAAAAUAUCAGCUGUAUUUGUACCACCAUGGGAGGACAAGCAAAGGGCAAAAAGAAAAGCAAGCCGAAGAGGAAAGACACACGCACAAACACAGAUGCAGGAUUUGUUGGAUUGUCGCCUCAAGAAAGGAUGAAACUAAGAGUACACAAUAAAGCCAAAAAGAAGACAGCUGAGAAGUACUCUGUGCAACAGCUACUAGAAAAGACAGAAGAAUGCAUGGACAGUUUUGACUUUGAGAUGGCUGGCCUUUUCUGUCAACGAGCCCUGGAUGUGGAGUCCACCAACCUGCAAGCUCUAGACAUGCAGGGACACAUCUGCUCUGAACUAGGGGAAACACAGAAAGCUAAGGGAGCUUUUCUGCAUGCAGUGGAGCUGAGCCCAGAUGAAGGCCACAGUAAGUACAUGUACCUGGGUCAAAUCCACACAGGCCAGGAGGCAGUGAACUACUACACUAAAGGAAUACAAGUCCUGCUGUCUACAUUGGACAAACAAGCACAGACCACACAGGCUCAGGCCGGAGCUGCUGCCCCACCAGAUGAGGACACUGAGCUUCCCACAGCAAAGGAUGUUUGUGUAGCCUACUGCUCCAUGGCUGAGAUUUACCUCACAGACCUCUGCAUGGAAGAGGGAGCUGCAGACAAGUGCAAGGAGUUCAUUGAGCGUGCAUUACAGUAUCACCAUGACAACCCUGAGGCUCUCCAGCUCAUGGCAAGUUACCUGUUCAGUACAGAGAGAAACCAGGAAGGCAAAGAAUACCUGUUGAAGAGUGUUGGAAUGUGGCUCCCUGCCCAGAAACAAAGUGCAGCUUCUUUCAGCACAGAGGAAGAAAUGCAGGAUAAUAUCCCUCCAUACGAGUCUCGCGUCACCACUGCCAAACUGCUCAUUGAGUCGGAGGAAUUUGAGAUGGCGGUAGAUGUGCUGGAGGGUCUUCUGGACGAGGAUGAUGAAGUAGUCCAGGUGUGGUACCUCUCCGGCUGGGUGUGCUACCUCCAGCUGGAAAAAGCAAAGGAGCAGCAAGAAAGAGAGGGGAGAGAAGUGACAGAGGAGGAGACAGAGGAGUGGAAUGCGUUGAAGGAGGCGGCCAGAUCGUACCUGACCAAAGCUACGAAGCUGUACAGUAAGUUGCGAUGUGAUGAUCAGCCGAUGUUGGAGCAUGUGGAGCAGCUGUUAGGCGAUCUGGGAGGAGAGCUGGAGGGAGAGGAGGAGGACCAAGUCUUGGAUGAAGAUUAUGAACCUUGUAGCGAUGACGAGGAGGACAAUGCAGAGUCCCCCAUGGACCACUGACAACAGCCCCUUGCUUGUACUCCGAUGCCCUUCUCCCCGUCAUGCUUUCCUCUUGUUAAAAUGUUCUGAUGCACUCUCUAAAGUGACUUUUGUACCGACUAUCCUCUCACACCAGUUUAUCAAAGAGGACAUUUGAAAUCAAGUGAGAUGCACAAGAGAGCGGCAUUAACAGCAGAAGUUUACUCAAUUUAUUUUGCGAGUUGUUUAAUGCUUUUGGAGAAAUAAGUGCAUAUUUGAGUAAUGCUUCCCUUAAUCUCCAUGACAGAUUUUGAUGAAAUAAAUUAGUUUCAGAGCUUUACUACUUACCAGCAGCAAAAGCAAAACACCAUUUGAAUGAUAUUUCCUCUCUUAUACACUCACACAUUGGUCUACAAGCAAAACAUAUUUGGCACUUGUGCGCACACACAAACACAAAAGCUUCACGUUAAUGACUUCACCUCAAAACAACAGCAGCAGCAGCGUUUCCCUCUGACUGCCUCACAACAGGAAGUGAGCCUUAUUAGAGAACUGUGUCUGCCACCAGUCAAUGCUGUCGUUACAUGUCACGGUUUUUAAUAUUCCACGUUCAUGUGCAAAUCUUAAACUUUCAUGCCAUUCAGUUUACCGUCUCUGCUUUGUUUUUCCUCCUCUUUUUGUUAAUUUAUUGGAUUCAACAAGGCAACAGAGAUAAUUUCACAUUAUCUUGUGCAGCCCGCACUUUUCUGUCUUCGAGACUGUUCAAAGUGGCCACGACAAAGUCUUUCAGAAAGGAGCGAUGAGAAACCCUUUUCAACUCAAUUCCACAUCUCAGCCUUUUAACAUCCUCGGGCAAGGCUACGCAGAGCCACGGCAUGGGUUUGUGUAAUGGAAUGGCACAAUGACCAACGCUUUCUUACAAUUGAAUUCAGCAAGGUGAAGAGCAAGAGUGGGAACUAAGUGGUAGAAGAAACACGUGGAGCCACUUUCUGUGGAGCAUUUAUGAGGAUGUGGACUUUUCUACAUUACAACACCUGAUAUAUCUGAAGCUUUCAAACACACAUUCAAAAUUGGGAUUAACUGGCUCAAUUUAUUAAUCUGUCUUUAAUUAAGCCAUAUAAACAUGAAUGCAGUUUCUACAUUAGUUUAUAUGUAACUUGCCAAAUAUAUUGGCGAUAACAGUUGUGACUUUGCUUAAGCCCUGGUAUGUUUAUCGUCCAAGUCAGUAUGUGACAUGCAUAUAACACACAUAUAACACAGUGUAUAUCUCAAUGCAGCAUGCCUGUUAAAAAAAACACCACUGGCAUCCACUGCUGCGUGGCACCUUUGACAAAUUUUAUAAGCAGUAAAUGUUAUCUGAGAUGCUGCUCCUGAUAGUGACCCAGCUACAAGCUGGAAACCUGUUUUGAAACACACAGGAGUUCAGAUACCUUGAUCUGACCGUGUUAAAGGAGUGUGAAAUAAAGCUCAGGAGAAACAACAGAUAUGACACUGUGUGUGUGUGUGUGUGUGUGUGUAUAUGCUGCAGAUAUUGAUAGCUUAAUGUGAUAUGAUGUGUUUUUAUUUGUUGACACAGCUUGGCUCAGAGAUAUUCAUGCCUGAUGUUGAAUGUAUGAUAAUGCACCAGGAGUACAGGCCUAGAGGACCGACUACCUGGAGCGAUGCUGUCAUCUAGCAAUUGGCUUUAUAAUUGUGUGUGUGUGUGUGCGCGUGCGUGGCUUAUCUGCAGUGCUCCGUGAUUAAUGACUCCAGGGGUGAGUGAACAUCGGCGGUCAGCCCUUUCUGGUUAUUCUGAGCUGGCCAUUGUGGACACAAAGCCUCUGGUGAUCUCAAAGUCCUCGGUCAUUCUCUCACCUGUACAUCAGCCUCGGCACUGCAGGACUGUUCUCACUUGCUGAGAGAGGAGAGUGCAGUUUCUACACACGGACACACAUUCAAUCACGGUUUACUUGCAUUCUGAAUUAUUCUGCCUUGUAUAUGUCUACGCUGUCGAUUUGGAUGGUUUGAUCUUUCAUGUGUUUGUGUCUCAAAUGUCCACGAAUUGACACAAAUAUGAAUAAACACAAACUUAUUA